UAAGUGAGUCACGUGGCUGUUAAGUGAAAUCUGGCUUCCCCAUUGACUUUGCUUGUCAGAAGGUCACAAAAGGUGAUCGCAUGAACCCAGGACUCUGCAAAUGUCACGAGUCAGUUGCCAAAACAUCUGAAUUUUGAUCACGUGACCACAGGAAUGCCACAAUGGUCUUAAGUGUGAAAAACGGUUAUGUCGCUUUUUUUCAGUGCCGUUAGAACUUUGAACAGUCACUAAAUGAACGGUUGUAAGUUGAGGACUACUUGUAAAGUCUGCCUAGUGUACUCGUAUCCCGUUUCAUAAGAGAGGGAAAAUGAGGCUGCCAGUCCAAAAGCUGCAGGAAUCUCAGCAGCAAAGCCUUGGCUCUUGGCCUGUAGGCCAAACUUCCAGCCGGCUUCCUCCUUUACUGGUUUUGGUCAUUGCUCUUUUUCCCUCCAGUCACGAAAGCAGCAGCCUUCCAAGGCAGUCAAAGGUGGCUGGCAGAGUCCAGCCACUCUCCCGCCUGCCUUUGGCUCUUGCUGUGGGGAUCAGGCAGGAAGCGGGCUUUGGAAAGCUGCAUGCAUUCCUGACGUGCUGGUUCGGCCUGCUCUUGCUAUUCUCUCUGGAAGGGAAGCAGGGCAUGGCUGCGCACAGGGGACUCUGGGACCAUCACAAAGGGGGGAGAGGAGCAGGAGGAGGAGGGAGACAGGCUCGCCUCGGCACACACCCCCUUAGACGGCUUAUAAAAUCGCGGCCGACCUGCCCGAUUAGAGCAAAAACCGGGGGCAAAAGGAGGGCCCGCGCCCUCGGGCUGAGAGUCGCUGCUCCCCACAGGCGCAGAGAAGGACCCUUCCUCUCCCCCUUAGAAAGUGAAAGGGCCACAACGAUGGUGCAAAGCGAGGACAGACGGGGCGGGGAGAUCGCCGCGCCUGUCCAGAGCGUCUUGCAGCCGGCGUUGCUGCUUUCUUGCGCCCUCCUGCUCUACUUCUGGGCGGCGCGCAAGCGCUCCGCGGCUCCGGGCAAACGCCUUCCCGGCCCCGUCGGAUGGCCGCUGGUCGGCAACGCCCUGCAGCUGGGUCGCCACCCUCACCUCACCUUUUGCGAGCUGGCCAAGCGCUACGGCGACGUCUUCCAGUUCCGCCUGGGUUCGCGCUCCAUCGUGGUGCUCAACGGCGAGGCGACCAUCCGGCAGGCGCUGGUGCAGCAAGGCGGGCCCUUCGCGGGCAGACCCGACUUUCCCUCCUUCCGGAUGGUCUCCGACGGGAAGAGCGUGGCUUUCGGACGCUACACGGAGCGGUGGCGGGCGCAGCGGCGGGUGGCGCACGCCACGCUGCGCGCUUUCUCGACGGGCAACGCGCCCAACAAGCGGCUCUUCGAGGAGCACGUGACGGCCGAGGCGCAGGAGCUCAUCGACGGGCUGGUGAAGUUGAGCGAGGGCGGCCUUUACGUCAACCCGCUGCCGCUGCUCGCCGUGGCCAACGCCAACGUGAUGUGCGCCCUUUGCUUCGGGCAGCGCUACAGCCACGCCGACGGCGAGUUCCGCGCGCUGCUGGGCAGGAACGACCGCUUCGGGCAGACGGUGGCGGCGGGCAGCUUGGUGGACGUGCUGCCCUGGCUGCUGUCCUUCCCCAACCCGGUGCGAAGCGUCUUCCGCGAUUUCCAGGCUAUCAACGGGGAGAUGCUCGAGUUCGUGCGCGCCAAGGUGGCGCAGCAUCGGCUUACUUUCCAGCCCGGGACCCCUCCCCGUCACAUUAGCGAUGCCAUCCUGGGCCGCAUGGAGCACGGCCCCGGGGGGAAAGAAGGACCCCUCGGGGACUACGCGGAAAGCACGCUGACCGAUCUCUUCGGCGCCGGUCAGGACACCACGUCGGCUGCCCUAGCUUGGCUGCUGCUGCUGCUUCUGAAACACCCGCAGCUGCGAGAACAGUUGCAGACGGACCUGGACCGCGUGGUCGGUCGCGAGCGGCUUCCGACGGCUGACGAUCGCGCCUCCCUGCCUCGCCUGGAAGCCUUCCUCUACGAGAUGCUGCGCUACAGCAGUUUAGUUCCGGUCACCAUCCCGCACGCCACCACCGCCGACGUGUUCCUGGACGGCUUCCACAUCCCCGAGGGCACUGUGGUUUUCGUCAACCAAUGGUCUGUCAACCACGAUCGGGUCUGCUGGAAGGACCCGCACAUUUUUGACCCAACGCGGUUCUUGGACGUCCGGCAGGAGACUCUCGACCGGGACCUCGCUCGCCGCGUCCUGAUAUUCUCGAUGGGCAAGAGGCGCUGCAUCGGGGAUCAGCUCGCGAAGUUGCAGCUCUUCCUCUUCACCGCCAUCCUUUUGCACCAAUGCGACCUGACGGCCAACCCAGCCGAGGAGAUAAGGGUGGACUGCGAGCACGGGCUGGUUCUCAGGCCUCUGCCCUACACCUUGUCGGUGACUAGGCGAAGCACUUCCCGGGCCGAGGAGGACAGGAGCCGGAGCAACACCGACAUCGCCUGCCCUUCUUAGCGCCAGCGCGACCUGCCUUGCAGAACCACCUUUAAUUCUGGAGCAGUUGCAAAGACAUUGAUGGUUCCCAUGGGUGCUCCUUUGCUAUGAUGAUGUGUUCUGAGCCAGUUCUUUGGAGCUACCACUGGAGAGAACAUCUGUGUCCUUUUCACAGUUGAGAAAUCAGCAAUUUGAAUCUAACACAUCAGAGACAUUUUGGUGUGCAAGUCAUAAUAUGAUAAAGGAUGUUGGAGUCUGGCAGCCAAGGAUCAUAAGAUGAAAAGACAUUUCCUUUUAAAAGGUCAACUGAAAUAAUCUUUACUUCAGACAGAAUAUCACAGAGACAAGAUUAGUUAGCAAGUGUCUAAAUAAGCAUAUCCUUCAAAAAUACAAAAGUGUGACUAGAAUUUCUUUCCCGAACAAUAUUUUACUCCAUUUUCUUCAAAUGGAUCUUUCAUAUAUUUUGUAAAAAAUGAUCUUCACCAGAGUAUGUUCAGGAAAACGGUUAAAACACUUCGAUGCAAUAUGAUCCUGCAAUUAACAACUUUUCAUCAUAACUUUUAUCAACACAUAUGCCUGCCAGAGUGGCUGAAACGGGAGGAAAGGGACUGCUUUUGCCUGAAUUCUUUAUUUCUGAACAACAACCACAACAACAAAAACUCUGAUGGUUUCAAAGCAAGAAUAAAAGCUGAAGAAAGGAAUUUUUCCAGAAAACAAACUUGACAAGUAUUAUAGUUUGCAACUGGUAUCUUGUUAUCAGUGUACAAAUUCUAAAUGAGAAUUUAGCUCAUAAAAUGCAUAUUCUGUUAUGGGAAAUAAAGCAGUGCUCACUUUUGCAAAAGCAGAACCUUACAUCAUCUGGCAUAGAAUACUGGUAAUAAAGAAAUAAAAAUUCAGUGGUAAGUGUGAUCAGGUAGGAUACAUUAUACAUUAGGAUCUCUUAAAAAGCCUGUGCUCCAAAAGGCUCUUUAAGAAAUGCAGGUCUAGUCUAGGGAAAGAUAAUAAAGUGCCAUUGGCUUGUAACAGGUCUGGUGGAAUUUUUACAAUGAUCUUUUUAAUUAGAAAUACCAACACCCAAAACAAAUGGGCAAAGUUGGUGGGAGAAUACUGACUAGAAUAGAAA